AUGGCGGAAGGCGGAGAAGGCUCGGGCAGCCAGACCAAGUACCGCGGGGUGCGGCGCCGACCUUGGGGCAAGUUUGCGGCGGAGAUCCGCGACUCAAGCCGGCACGGCGUACGUGUGUGGCUGGGCACCUUUGACACCGCCGAGGAGGCGGCGGCGGCAUAUGACCGCUCCGCCUACUCCAUGCGCGGCAGGAACGCCAUCCUCAACUUCCCCGACCAGGCGCACGUCUACGAGACCAACGCAUCGCGUGAUGGUGGCGGUGCUGGUCCUUCUGCGUCGGCGGCCAGGACGAAGGUGAUUGAGUUGGAGUGCCUAGAAGACGGUGUGCUGCAGGAGAUGCUCGAUGGCCACGAUAAAUCAAGCAAGAGCAAGUAG